GUUGUGGCAAUCAAACGAAUUCGUUUGGGAAGAAAAAAAUUUGUGUGCUGCAGCGUAGCAAAUCAGACUCAAUUUUGGAGACAGGUUCGUGCCCGAAGGUUUGCUGCUCGAUCGGUUUGCAGUUUUCUUUUAAUGCGAAUUGUUAGUGUACGAUAGUUUUCCUAUAAUAGAUAAGUUCUAAUAUCAGGAGAUUAGGUUUGUGAGUAAUAUUACCAGUUAGAAAGUUGGAAAUAGUUCCCGAUAUUUUGGGGGUACCGUGUUCUUGUUUCUGGUAAAUGGCUGAAAUAAAGGCCAUGGAGCACCCGACUUUGAAGGUGCCGUAUGAAAUCCUGAAUAAAAAGUUCCGCAUCGCUCAGAAAACUCUAGAUCGUGAGUUAAGUCAGAUUCAGAAUGCCGCCUCGGAGCUGGAGAAGGGUCUCUCGGAGGGUUCGGCCGGAUCGGAAAUUUCUCGGCUCCUGGGUGGCGUCGUCGAGCGAUUGCAUAUGCUGAAGCGGAAAGCGGAGGAGAGCAUUUCGGAGGAACUGUCCGCGGGAUUGGUUUGCAAGCGUCGCUUGGAACAUCUGAAACAGAAUGUCAACCCUCCGAUGGACACCGGCACCACCGAGCUGCAAGUGGCCGCCACCAAUCAGUGGAAGAAAGUGCGAUUGGAUCGUAUGAUUGUGGAACACUUUCUGCGACUGGGAUAUUACGAUACGGCCGAACGUUUGGCCGUACGCAGUGGGAUCCGAGAUCUCACCAAUUUGGACAUAUUUCAAAUCACCCGCGAGGUCGAACGGGACUUGGCUUGCCGGAGCACCGCCAAGUGCAUUAUUUGGUGCAACGACAACAAAUCCAAGCUGAAAAAGAUCAAUUCGAACAUUGAGUUCCAGCUUCGGGUACAGGAGUUCGUCGAGCUAAUCCGCGACGAUAAACGCCUGAUGGCGGUGAAGCACGCUCAGAAGUAUUUCCCCGCGUUCGAACACGAACAGUUGAAGGAGAUUCGUCAGUGCAUGGCCCUGCUGGCAUUCCCCGUCAACACCGAGAUCGAACCGUACAAAACUCUAUUCGAACCGCAACGCUGGAACGAUUUGGUCCUUCAUUUUCGUCUCGAAAACUAUCGGCUAUUUCAGUUGCCGGCACAAUCGGUGCUGAGUGUUGCCGUGCAGGCCGGCAUUUCUGCUCUGAAAACUCCGCAGUGUUACUCGGCCACAUCGAAGAACAUGAACUGUCCGGUCUGUCAGAAGAACAUCAACGAGAUCGCCGAUAAUCUGCCGUUCUCGCACUGUGCUCAGAGCAGACUUAUUUGCAGAAUCACUGGUAAGCCACUGAACGAGCACAACCUACCGAUGAUGCUGCCAAAUGGACAAAUUUUCGGGCAGCAAGCCAUCGAGCAGAUGCGUCGCGACAAUGACAUCAUCGUUUGCCCGAAAACAAACGACACUUUCCGCUCGCCGAAGAUUGAGAAAGUUUUCGUUAUGUAGUAGAGUGAUUGUAGUACGAUUACCUCUCAUUAUUUGCUACUACAGCAUCUUGUAAAAUUCUACUCCUAACGAACACCCAGUUCCACGAUCCUGUUCUAGGUGUUCCACCGUAUUUCGGUGUGGGACACAAAGAAAAUUCAUUCGAAGGGAUGAGACAGUUUCGCUAGGACUUUAUUUCCUUGAUUUUUUUUUGUUGAGCAAUUUUAAAAUGAACCUACGAGGCGGGCGAAACAGCAAGUGAAAAACGAUUUGGAUUCUUUUUUUUUUAAUUUGAUUACACGUAAUGAAUGUAGCAAUAGCGUACAUAUAUCAACUUAUAUAUACAUGCCUAUAUGAUAGUAAGCUAAAAUAAGACGUGAAUCAGCCAGUUGAAGGCUGGCCAAUUGAUGCACGAGAAGUGCAACCGUUUUAAUACCAAAAACAUGCCAUUUGUUUGAAGUGACAUCUUAUUCUGAUGCUUUUGUAUCUUUCAACUUUGCAGUGUUAUAAAUGAGUUAUUUUAUAUAUAUUUUUUAUUUGUUAGCAGUCAUAUCGAUAGCUGUUAAAAUUCGAACAAAGCGGAAUUAUUGGUACACUCGGGAAAUGUUUACAAAAUUUCGUGGCUUUCUAUUGAUAUUACUGAGAAUAGUAAAAGCAAUUUUAUAUGAAAAUAAAAAUUUGAACUUGAACUACUCUGCAAUGCGAUUAUUUUUUUUGUUCUCUUAAUUUCGCAAGACGUAUGGCUUGUUUCUUUCCCAGAGAAUAAUGUGUGAGGUUGAGAAAAAAAUUGUAUCGUACUUCGCCAAUAACGAACAAUGUUUUAUUCUAGGGGAAGGCCCAGUAUCAAUAAGAACCGAGAAAUCCAUAUUCAGACACUGACAAAAAUAAUAACUCUCAAAAAUAACAAUAUAGAUUUUUAUCUUUAUAUCCCUGAAAA